CCUACCAGGUACCUAGCUUACCUGACCUACCCCUCCAUCAGAUUGAUUACCUGCCCGUUCACAGCCCCACCAAGGCAACCACUCCAUCGGGCAGCCAUCAACUACACUCCAUAAAGUACUGAUAACUGCUGAGAUCUAUUUCUCGACCGGAGGCCUUGUAUUGUCUUUCAUGGCAUUGUAGCUCACAAGUUCCAGUCAGCAUGCCUCCUCCUUCUUCUCCAGCUCUUACGGCCAAGGUCAAGGUGCAGCUGAAACUAGCCAUCGCGAGGCUUCGCAUGGUUCAGCGACGGGAUGAAGCUCUAGCGAAGAACCAGCGACGGGGUAUGGCGCAGCUACUCGAGGUCGGCAAAGAGGAUUCCGCACGGAUCCGAGUCGAGAACAUCAUCCGCUCCGAUAUCUCAUCCGAGUUGCACGAAAUCCUCGAGCUGUAUUGCGAGUUGUUACUGGCAAGGGCCGGCCUCCUCGAAGGCCCGACCUGCGAUCCCGGGCUUGAGGAGGCAGUCAAGAGCAUCAUCUACGCGGCGCCGAAAACGGAAAUAAAGGAGUUGCACCAGGUCCGGGUGCUCCUCGCCGAGAAGUUUGGGAAGGAGUUUGUCAUAUCGGCAGUGGAGAACUCGGACGGGAAGGUUUCGGAGAAGGUCGUGAAGAAGCUCGCCGUGGCGCCGCCCAAGCCGGAGCUCGUUCAGGGGUACUUGGAAGAGAUAGCGAAGGCGUACGGUGUGAACUGGCCGAAGAGGCCCCAGGAAGAACUCGGCGAGCCUCCGGACUUCAUGGAUGACGACGACGAUGACAGCCCGAACGGCGGUCAAGCCCAGAAGAAUCUCGAGGCCCCGCUGGUCGCCCAAUACAAAGAGACGGAGGUUCAGGAGGAGCUCAGCAAGGCAACGCCUCCCAAAACGUUCGGGCCGGCCAGCCCACUUCAUGUCAACCCGCCCAGCCCAUCAACGGAAAAUAUCCAUCCUCGAGUCACCCUGAACUCGAUGGAAAUAAAGCCCAGCAAGAAGAUGAUCAAUGCUGGCAUAGCCAAGAAACCGUCUCCUGAGGCUAAAGGGGGUAUCGGGGAUGGGAUUCCUGAUGUUGACGAGCUUGCGAAGAGGUUUGCAGCUCUGAAGAGGUAAGUGAUUUGCAUUUGAAAUGCGUGUUUAUGGGAGUAUGGGUCUUUUCUGGAGAGGACUUUUGGUCUCGUUUGUUCAUUGGGCUGGGGAACUUGGGGCGGGUUGAAGGACUGUGGUAAUUGUGUGGUGACUGUUUACGUUGUGUCAUCCUGUUGCCCCGGAUUAUGCAUUGGAGUUUGGAUGGGGUUAUUAUCCAGCUGGCUGCCGUUCUUUGAGUCUUCUUCACUGAUGCAGUGUCCUUGGGCAUAUCAUUCCUCAUAUCCUAACACACAAAGGCAAUGUCUUAGCCCAGUGUUCUUGUGCAUCAUUUGCUCCCAUAUGAAGAGUUCUAUCACAAUAUUGCGGGUAUUAAUAGAAGUUCCACACCAAG